GCAGCUCCUCGGCGUGUCCCGCUCGCAGGUUUGGUUCCAGAACCGCAGGGCCAAGGAGAAAAGGCUGAAAAAAGACGCCGGGAGGCAGCGGUGGGGUCAGUACUUCAGGAACAUGAAGCGGUCCCGGGGGACCUCCAAGUCCGACAAGGACAGCAUCCAGGAGGAGGGGCCCGACAGUGACGCCGAGGUCUCCUUCACAGAUGAGCCCUCUAUGUCGGAAAUGAGCCAUUCCAAUGGGAUUUACAGCAAUCUCAACGAAGCGUCCCCGGCUCUGGGGAGGCAGGCUGGGACCAACGGGAGCUUUGCUCUGGAUCACAGCGGCAUCCCAGCUCAGGACCAGUACCACGACCUGCGAUCCAACAGCCCCUACGGGAUUCCCCAGUCACCAGCUUCCUUGCAAGCGCUGCCAGGCCACCAGCCUUUAAUCUCCAGCUUGGUUUACCCAGACAACGCCUUGGGCAUCAUGGGACAAAGCGGACAAGGGGUGCCCCAGUCCAUGAGGGUCCUGGCCGGGAACGGACCCAGCUCCGACCUCUCCACCGGCAGCAGCGGGGGAUACCCGGAUUUCCCGGCCAGCCCGGCCUCGUGGCUGGACGAAGUCGACCACGCUCAGUUUUGAUACGGGGUCCACCACCGCGCAGUGGGAAGGGAAAGGACUCGGUGCUGUUCAACGUCACCUGCUCUUGGCAAUGGAGGAGGGACGAACUGUGAGUGCCGAGCGGGGCAGGAAAGCGUGACGGCGUGGGGAGAGCGGCCGUGCUGUCGGAGGGCGACCCGGCGGCGGGGCAGCGAGGACGGGGGGGGCGAAGGCGAUCACGGAGCGUCCAGGCGAACCCCGUUAUCGUGUCUUUACUAAACGCCGAGACUUGUGCUUUACAGAUUUGAUAUGAGGUAUUUUGCUUUCUGUUGUCAGUGCAUUCUCCAAAUCAAGGACUUGCUUCAUCACCCACCCACACCGAAACCUUUUUAAGAGAAAAUAAAGCCCUCAUCCACGGUCAAAGGUGUGACAACGUCUAUAUUUCUAUAGGAGAAAUGUUAAUAGUGAAUCACUUCAAAAAUCCAUGGUAGAAAACUUUCUCUGUUCUUCCAGCAGAUUUUUUAAAAAAGCGCACCGAUGCGGUAUGUUUUGUUUUAUUUUGAAUUCACAUUAACUUUUCUAAAGUGAAAUGCUCUAUAAUAUGCCAAUCACUUAUCAACAACCCUUUUCCUUUGUAAGAUGAAAAUCAUACGUUAAUUCUGCUUCUCCCCUUUUUAAUUUGUAGAUUGCUAGUUUUAUUCUCCCCUAGAAGCAUUAAGCCGUGACUAGAUGUAUUUAUUACCAAAUAACUACACUUUUAUCACGAGGUCGAGAGGUGAUUUUUCUUGACCCGGGAACACUAGCAGCUCUGGCUUGUGAGUCUUACGCUUUUCUUUCAAAUUCCUUUGCAACAGUUUUGCUGCAAAAUGUCUCCAAAAUCACCCUGAUGUCUUGUGGCCAAAUACCUUCUCGAGGCGGGGGGGGUGUCUCUCAGCGGGGGGGUUCAGCUGGUUUCCUUCCAGCCGUUCCCCAGGCACUGCUGGGAGCGUGUCGGGGCGAGCACACGCUUUCCUGGGGACACGUCUCGGUUCCAGGCAUGUGUGUAUUUCUGCAGACGUAGUGCGAGCCGAUUGUGAGGAAAGGCAAGACAAUAUGUAUAUUGUUCUCUGUAAAAAAAAAUAAUUACUGAAUUAACUGUAGAUUAUGUGAAUGUCCAGUGUCUUUUAUUUAUAUUCUCGCUUUCUCUCUGAUGAUCAAAUACUUCAAGAUUACAAAUAAAUUUGUCAGCUAAACUUUA